AAAAAGAAGAAAAACUAAAAAAUUUUACUUUUUGGUGAUUAAUACAAAGAAAAAGAAAACUUUACAAAGAAAACAUUACUCUUUUGCAUAAAAAUCUACAAAAAUGGCUGCUCUAAAAGGUAAAUAAAGCAAGAUAAAUAUAAGUUAACAAAUUAUGCUAAUUAAUACCUUUAUUCUCUUUUCAUAUUGAACAAACUUUUGUGUGAUAACUAAAGCUUUAUUAAUUUGCGCAUUUAUGACGUGCCUUGGCAUGACUUUCCUUAUUUUGGCCUGUGCCGUGCCUCAACCAAAAAUUUUCUAUCCCUUCUUUGUCUUGCUAUUUUAUAUUUUAUCCGUCUUACCGAUGCUGAUAGCUAAAAGGCUGAGUCCCGGUUCCGAAACAAAUCCUAAAACAGAAUUUGCUCUAUUCUUAACAGCCGGCAUGGUAUUGAGUGCUUUUGCUUUGCCUAUUGUUUUGGCUCACAGUGGAGUGAUUACCUGGAUGGCUUGUUCAUUAACAUUGAUCAGUAAUAUUAUCAAUUAUUUAACUAUAUUCGGUUAUGCCAUGAAAGAGAAUGAAUUUGAUGCUCCAUAUGGUGGCAUGUUCUAAACUGAAGAAAGCUGAUGAACGGAUGGAUGGUGCGCUCGUAGGAUACUUGUGAUUAUAGUUCAUAUUUGCUGGAUUGUGGCAGUCGUAUCAUCAUCAGUAGUAAUUUUUACAAAAUUAUAUUAACAUACAUACAAAUACAUCAAUCUAGUAGAAACGAGUAUUACUCAAAAAUUUGGUACAUUAAACAAAAAGAAGUUACAAUACGAAUUAUGAAGAUUUUAUAUAAAAUAAACAGGCAUCUUUGGUAAACAUAAAACUAAAGAAGUAAAAUUAUAACAUAAAAACAUAAAUUCUUAAUCUCAUAGGUGUAAAAAAAAAA